UUAUGAUUUUGAAUUUAAUGAAUUAACAAAAACUAAAAGGAUGUUGCUUUACUUAUCAUUUGAAAGUCUGCUCUGAUUAAAAAAUUAUAAACUACUUAUUUAAAUGAAAAAAGGUCAACUUCUAAAUUCUUAUAAAAUUAAAGUGACAUUUCAAGAGCAUUUCGAUAUUUUUAAGUAUAAGUGCAUCUUGAUAUAAUUACAUUACCUAUAAUUUAAUUAAAAUUAAAAGUAGCAGUAAUGUAGCCUUGACUACAGUAAUCAGAUUUGACACUUUGUAUUUAAAAUUUAAUCAUCUAGUUUUCUUUACUCGGUAGGUUAUUUAGUCUAAGGGAACCAUCUACCUACUGUAAAUAUUAUUUUCUGAUAAUUUAAUUUUGUUGUAGGGUCUCCGACUAAAGAAACAACGAAGUACCGGCGACAUCGAUCGACGUGGAGUGAGUUCUGUUAGAAGUUCUGGUUCGAAUUUGAGUUCGGCCAGUUCGGAAUCUAGUCAGUCUGGCCUAACACAAACAUCCGUCCAUACAGACAGCAAUGCUAGUUUUGUCAGUCAAGAUGAUAUAAUAGAUUCCAACGUUAUCGAAACUUACAUGGGAGAAUGGAAGAAUGACAAGAGAUGCGGUUUUGGUAUAGCCGAAAGAUCCGACGGUUUAAAAUACGAAGGGGAAUGGUACAACAAUAAAAAAUAUGGUUACGGUGUUACCACGUUGAAAGACGGAACGAGAGAGGAAGGAAAGUACAAAAACAACGUACUGGUGACGUCAGGAAAGAAAAAGCAUCUGUUCCUUCUCAGGUCUGCGAAAUUUAAGGAAAGAGUGGAAGCAGCCGUUAAUGCUUCUAUCAGAGCUUCGCAGAUUGCAUUACAGAAAGCCGAUAUAGCCAUAUCUAGGUAAUAUUAGAAAUAUAGUGUUAUUUACAUAUAUAACUCGGAUAUGUUUCCGCCUUCUUGAUAGCAAAAUAUUUACAAAACACGAAUUGUUUCUUCUCUUUUAGUAAACGGAAGUUUAGAUUCGUAUCGUUAUGUAAGUUUAAUGUUUCUUUAAAAACUAAAUAGGUCUACAUGAGAAAAGGAAAGUUCACACAAAAGAAAAAUAAAGAAUUUAAAAAACUCGGGGUCAUUGAUCGCAAAUUUUGGCCAACAUUUUACGUCUUCUAUAUUGUAAGAAAAUAUUUUUAGCGUGUUUCAGAUUUAUUAAACGCCGAUUUCUAAGUAAUUUUAACUUAAUUUUUUU